UCCCUCUGCAACUUAAAUGGUCGUCGCACCGAAUACAUUGGUGAAAGCCUCGCUCUGUUGUUAUGAGCUUGGCCAAAAGACCAGUCUUCCAAGCCCUCAAAUGUUGCGCUGGUGACGUAACAAGAUCGAUCAAGCCCACCAUUACCCUGUCCAUCCUCGAAUUCAAUCUCCAAAAAUGCCGAAACCCCAAGGAGUUCCUCCAAAUCCACGCCCAAAUGGUCGCUUCCGGCUUCAUCAGGGACACCUUCGCCGCAAGUCGCCUCCUUUCCUUCUCCGCUGCCUCCCCCUUCUUGGGUCUGGACUACUCCCGCCGGCUUCUGCACCAGAUCGACAACCCCAACGCUUUCACCUGGAACACCCUCAUGCGAGCCUGUAUCCACCGGAACUCCCCCCAGUUUGCCCUCCCUUUGUACCGUUCGAUGCUGGGAGGCGAUUCAGCGCCGGAUAGUUACACGCAUCCGAUUGUCAUUCAUGCCUCCGCUGUUCGGUCUUCGGAAGUUGAAGGGAAGCUGAUUCAUGCCCAUGUCGUAAAAUUCGGUUUUGAUUCGGAUGUCUACGUGUUGAACACUUUGAUCAAUAUGUACUCUGUGUGUGGGAAUCUGACCGAUGCGCGGCAUCUGUUCGAUAGAAGUCCUGUUUUGGAUUCAGUUUCUUGGAAUUCGAUGCUCGCAGCGCAUGUUCAGGCUGGUGAUGUUAAGGAAGCGUUCCGGCUUUUUGAUUCGAUGCCAGAGCAGAACACGAUCGCUGCAAACUUUAUGAUUGCUUUAUUUGGUAAGUGUAAUCUUGUGAGUGAUGCACGUAAACUGUUUGAUGGAAUGGAUGCUAGGGAUGUGGUUUCUUGGACAGCUAUGAUUUCUUGUUAUGAACAGAAUGAACUGUUUGCUGAGGCCUUGGAGAUGUUCCAUAGAAUGAAGAGGGAGGGAGUCUCGAUGGAUGAGGUUGUCAUGGUCAGCGCUCUGUCCGCUUGCACCAAGUUAGGGGCAAACAAAAAAGGUGAGGUGAUUCAUGGGUUGAUCAUCAAAGAUGGCCUUGAUUCUUGUAUUAAUCCUCGGAAUGCAUUGAUUUACAUGUACUCAAAUCAUGGGAAUAUAGUUGCCGCCCGACAAUUGUUCGAUUCGUGUAGUUUUCUAGAUCAAAUAUCCUGGAAUUCUAUGAUAUCUGGCUACUUGAAAUGUGGACUCAUCGAUGAGGCAAGAGCAUUAUUUGAUGCAAUGCCUUUGAAGGAUGCAGUUUCAUGGAGUACUAUGAUUGCAGGUUAUGCUCAACAUGAUCGGUUCAUGGAGACAUUAGAAUUAUUUAGUGAGAUGCAAGUUGGGCAUAUUAAGCCUGAUGAGACUCCCUUGGUGAGUGUUAUUUCUGCUUGUGCACGCCUAUCUGCUCUAGAACAAGGCAAAUGGGUUCAUGCAUAUAUCAAGAAAAAUGGCUUUGCUAUAAAUGUUUUUCUUGGGACAACUUUGAUUGACAUGUACAUGAAGUGUGGCACGGUGGAGACUGCGAUGGAGGUUUUUAAUGGGAUGAAACAUAGGGGCACUUCUACUUGGAAUGCUGUUAUAUUGGGAUUGGCAAUGAAUGGACUUGUCAAGGAGUCCUUUGAGAAAUUUGAAGAGAUGAAAAGGUGUGGAGUUCCUCCAAAUGAAAUAACUUAUGUGGGGGUUCUAGGUGCUUGUCGACAUGCUGGCUUAGUAGAUGAGGGGCGCCAGCAUUUUAACACUAUGAAGCAGGUUCAUGGGAUUCUACCGAAUAUUAAACACUAUGGGUGCAUGGUUGAUCUUCUCGGUCGUGCAGGCUUGCUUAGAGAGGCUGAAGAACUUGUGGAAAGCAUGCCUAUGGCUCCUGAUGUGGCUACAUGGGGUGCCCUGCUAGGUGCUUGCAAGAAGCAUGGUGCCACUGAUGUAGGAGAACGAGUAGGGAAAAAGCUCAUUGAGCUUGAACCUCAUCAUGAUGGUUUCCAUGUGUUGUUGGCAAACAUAUAUGCUUCAAAAGGGAAAUGGGAUGAUGUCAUGGAGCUCAGAGGUACAAUGAGACAGCGAGGGGUCAUGAAGAUACCAGGUUGUAGCAUGAUAGAGUCAGACGGUGUUAUACAUGAAUUUUUGGCAGGUGACAGAACACAUCCUCAUAUAGAAAAAAUUGAUAAAAUGCUAGAAGAGAUGGCUAGGAGAUUGAAAUUGGAAGGCUAUCAACCAGACACCACUGAUGUUGUUUAUGACAUAGAAGAAGAAGAGAAGGAAACUACUCUUUAUAGGCAUAGUGAGAAGCUUGCCAUUGCCUUUGGCCUUAUCAGCACACCCCCACCAGCACCAAUCAGAAUAAUGAAGAACUUGCGGAUAUGCGGUGAUUGCCACGAUGCAGCAAAGAUCAUUUCUAGAGCUUUUCAACGUGAAAUUAUCCUGAGAGACCGUCAGCGGUUUCACCACUUCAGACAAGGUUUAUGCUCGUGUACAGACUUUUGGUAAUUAUAAUUCUUUAUAAAAACUUUGUCCGUAUAAUUCUUCUCUGGCUUCUUUGGUUCCCUUGUCCUCAUGAUUAAGGCUGCAGAAUGACCCUACAAUUUAGUAAUCUGAUGCAUUGCUACAGAUGGACUAUGGGAACUCAGAAUAUUAGUGGAUGGUUUAAUGAAAUUAACACCUGCACUAUUUGUUCAAUACCAUGAAUUCCCUCCAAGAAACAUUGUAGUAGAGUCUACAAAGUUAUAUAAAGUCCAUGAACAACAGAUUUUUCAAUCCUAUUUGGAUCACAAGUUUGCUUGAAAUUCUGAGGAGAUGGUUCAAGGACUUCUACAAGCCAUUAUGUGUUGCUGCAAUUUUUGGUGUCCAGAUAUCUAAAGCUGAAGUUAUUACGAGACAGUAUGUAUGGCUGCAUCGAGUAUUUUGUUCAAAUCAGAAAGAAUAUCCAGGCUGAUUGAAUUGGAAAGAAUAAUUUGAAGAAAUUCAUCAGAGCAAGGACUUAUAUGAUUGCAGAAUUUUCCUUCUGAUCUUUCUAGAGUCUACAACAUGGAUCCAUCAGUAUAAAUCCCUCCAGUUUCCUUUAAUUCUUUAUCCACAAGCUGACUUCCACUGUAGUUUCUGUCCACCUUCCUGAACAGAAGCAGAGCAAAGCUCUUGGGCACCGGUACCUGCCCCUUUUUGUCUUAAACAGUGCUUGAAGACUUGUCAAGACAAUCCUGUAAUGAUCUCUUAAAUUCAAAUCUAAAUGACUUUUCUGAGAAGGCUCCUGCAGCAGAUUCUUCAUGUAUGAGGCUAACUGCAGCCAAUACAAUUGAGUCCUGCAGCAAUCAGAGUAUCCUUUUGCUGCUGAAUGAUGGGCAUUACUCACAUCAUGAAAUAAAUUGUAAGGUUUAUCCUUUCAAGAGUGCUCAGUCUAUGAAAUCUUCUAUAAU